AUGAUUUCAAUAUGUUCAGGAGCCAGGCUGGUGGGGCCUGUGACUGUGGAGAUAGUAAUGUCAUGCGAGAAACUGGACACAUCAGCUGAGAGGGACCUACAGAAGGUCUUACAGCAGCUAGAGCCCCAGAUCACCUUCCUAGAAGAACUGACGAAGAUGGGUGGAGCAAUGAGAACUGUGCUGACAAAGAUCCUAACGAAUCAGUCAAGAAGAGAAUGUAUUUGCAAAAAGAACUACGAGAACUACCUGUCAGCACUGAAGAACUCAGGCCUGGUGUCUGUGGAGGAGAAGGCCCAGACUGGGGCUGCAGAGCCCACACGAGGUUCUGAGACAGGGGCUCUGGGCUUACUGGGAGCCGCAGCACCAUCCAGCUCUGAGUCCAAUAAAGAGGAGGAUCAAGAUGGGCAAUCUAUUGGACAGAGAAAGAGGGUGAAACUUAGUAGCUCAACCAAAGAUCCAUCCAUUAUGGACUCUCUGAAACACAAAUGUUUUCUGGAGGAGUUGCUGUUUUGGACAAUAAAGUACGAGUUUCCUCAGAAGAUGGUUACUUUUCUACUGAACAUGCUGCCAGAUCAAGACUACAAGAUCACCUUCACGAAAACAUUUGUUCAACAUUAUGCGUUCAUCAUGAAAACUCUGAUGAAAAGCCAGGAGUCGGAUACCAUGUCCAACCGCAUCGUACAUAUCAGUGUACAGCUGUUCAGCAAUGAGGACUUAGCACGUCACGUGACAGAGGAGUGUCAACUCCUAGACAUCAUGGUCACUGUCCUCCUCUACAUGAUGGAGAGUUGCCUUAUCAAAAGUGAACUUCAAGAUGAAGAGAACAGCCGCCACGUUGUGGUCAACUGCAGCGAGGCUCUGCUGAAGAACAACACUUACUGGCCUUUAGUUAGCGACUUUAUUAAUAUUCUCUCACACCAAAGUGUAGCGAAGAAAUUCCUGGAGGACCACUCACUGCUCAUGCUGUGGAUGAGCUUUGUGUCCUUCUUUCAAGGUAUGAACUUGAAUAAGCGGGAGUUGAGUGAGCACGUGGAGUUUGAGUCCCAGACGUACUAUGCAGCCUUUGCGGCCGAGUUGGAGGCCUGCGCACAACCAAUGUGGGGACUCCUCACACACUGCAAAGUCAAAGAGACACAGGAAUACACCAAGACGGUGGUGCGCUACUGCUUGGAGACUCUGCAGAUCUGGUUUGAUGCCAUUGGCUUUGUGGAUGAGCUUGCUCCAAAUCAGGUGACGUUUCACCUGCCACUUCACCGUUACUACGCCAUGUUCCUAAGCAAGGCAGUGAAGUGCCAGGGGCUUGACCUGGAGAGUCUUCUCCCAGACCAAGAGAUGCUCAUGAGGAUCAUGGUCCAUCCUCUCCAGAUUCAGGCAAGCCUGUCAGAGAUCCACAGUAACAUGUGGGUCAGAAAUGGUCUGCAGAUUAAAGGACAGGCUAUGACCUACGUGCAGUCUCACUUCUGCAACUCUAUGAUCGAUCCAGACAUCUUUCUGCUCCAGGUGUGUGCCUCGAGGCUAGAUCCAGACUACUUCAUCUCUUCUGUGUUCGAGAGAUUCAAAGUGGUGGACCUGUUGACCAUGGCCUCUGUGCACCAGAAUACUGCACUUGACGGUGAGCAGGAGAGGCCAAUGCUGGAGGGAGCCUUGACGUUUCUCGUCAUCUUGUCCAGUCUUCGCAUCCACUUGGGCAUGGCAGAUGACGAGAUUCUUAGAGCCGAGAUGGUCUCCCAACUGUGCAUGAACGACCGUACCCACAGUUCACUGUUGGACCUCAUUCCUGAGAAUCCCAACCCCAAGAGUGGGAUCGUCCCAGGAAGUUGCAGCUUUGAGGAGAUGCUGUCUGCCGUGGCUGACUUCAAAGCCCCCGUGUUUGAACUAGGGGGUUCCAUGCAGCAGGGCAUGUACACACCUAAAGCGGAGGUGUGGGAGAAGGAGUUUGACCCCAUCAUGGUUAUUCUCAGAACAGUCUACCGUCGUGAUGUCCAGUCAGCAAUGGACAGAUACUCAGCAUUCUUGAAACAGUCCGGGAUGCACACUACGGGGAAUCCAUGGCCACCGUACAAAGAGCGAACUCCUCUGCACCCAUGUUACAAAGGCCUGGACAGGCUGUUGCACUGCAAGACACUGCACAUUGUCAUCUUCACACUGCUUUACAAGAUCUGGCUGGAUCACUCCAACAUGUCUGAGCACGUUCUGUGCAUGGUGCUCUACCUGAUUGAGCUGGGCUUGGACAACCAGGUUGAAGAGGACAAGGGGGAUGAGGAGCCUUGCAUUGAGGAGCACUGCCAUGACAGCUGGUUCCCAGGCACCAACCUCUUGUCCAACCUGCACCAUGUCAUCAACUACGUAAGGGUGAGGGUGCCUGAGACUGCCCCCGAGGUGAAGAGGGAGAGGGAGCCCCCUGCCAGCACCAGCGCCGAGGCAUCCAACUUCGGCCAGAAUUCCAGGCGUCUGACAGGGAAUUGGAGAGAGAAUGUGCGGGAGGCGCAGGUGUUCAGCCUGGUGGCGGAGCGCCGGAGGAAGUUCCAGGAGAUCAUCAACCGCAGCAGCACAGAGGCUAGCCAGGCGGUGCGGCCCAAGAGCAGCUCCACUCGCUGGGUCCCGCCCGGCACGCCUCCCCAGCUGGUCACCGAGAUCCUGGAGAUCCACGAGAGCAUGCUCUCCCUGCUCAUCAAGCUGCACCAGAAGCUGUCGGCCAAGCAGAACUCGCUGUCGGCCACCUGGCUGGAGGACAUGGACGCCAACCCAAACCGCCACGCCCACGGGGACGGCAUCACCGCCAUCGAGCGCAUCCUCACCAAGGCGGCCACGCGUAGCCACCAGAGCAAGCGCAGCAUCCAGGAGAUCUGUGGGAAGGUCUUUCCUCCCGUCGCUCCCAAGAAGAACAGCCCCACUGCCAAGAAGACCAUGGAUAAGGAGGAGAGGCGUCAGAGGGCUCGAGAGAGACAGCAAAAACUCCUGGCUGAGUUUGCCUCCAGACAGAAGAGUUUCAUGGAAACAGCCAUGGAUGUUGAAUCCCCGGACACUGAAGCAGCCAUGGACCUGGGUGCCUCUGAAGUAAAGGAGUCUGAGGUCCUCUAUGACUGUGUGAUCUGUGGCCAGAGUGGCCCUUCCACUGAGGACCGGCCCACUGGCCUGGUUGUUCUCCUCCAGGCCUCCUCAGUGCUGGGACACCGAUGCAAGAGCGACGAGGCAAAGAAACUGCCAACCACUGACGAGGAGCGCAUCUACCCAGCGGACACGUGCGGGGCUGCUCACGACGUCAGGCUGGCUCUCAUGCAGAGCUUCUUCAAAGAUAGUUCCUGUCUGCAGUCAGUCUCAAUAGGCUGGGAUGGAGGUGUGUAUGUGCAGACCUGUGGACACACCCUGCACAUAGACUGCCACAAGUCCUACAUGGAGUCACUGCGGAAUGACCAGGUGAUGCAGGGCUUCUCUGUGGAUAAGGGAGAGUUCACCUGCCCGCUGUGCAGACAGUUUGCUAACAGCGUGCUGCCCUGCCGCCCGGGCCGGAGCACCGAGGUGGUCAGCUGGCACAUGCCCAGCAACAAGAAGACCUCUGUGCUGGUGAAGGAGGUGGAGGACCUGCAAGAGCAGCUGGGAUUUUUCCCAGUAAGCACCACUACGGAGUCCAACCUCAGUAAGGAGAUGGAGUUGGUUAUCAAGGACAUCAAGAACACCACCCAGAGGAAGUACAUGGACUAUGGCAAGAACCCUGGUUCCCCUGACAAUGACUUCCUCUUCAUGUACUCUGUGGCCAGGACAAAUCUGGAGCUGGAGCUGGUGCACCGUGGAGGUAACCUGUGUUCUGGAGGAGCCAGUGGUGCAGCCAAGCGCUCCUGUCUCAAUCAGCUGUUCCACGUGCUUGCCAUGCACAUGCGUCUGUACAGCAUUGAUUCUGCUUACAACCCCUGGACCAGGUUGACCCAGGUGGCUCCGAGCAGAGACAAUUGCCUGGAUGACGAGAGACCAGAAGUCCCCUUGCUGUUCAGAGACUGCCCAUCCCUGCUGAUCAUCUUUGUGUUGACCAUGCCACAGCCGCUACGCAAAGAACACUUCAUCUGUCUGGUGAGGAUGCUGUACAACCUGCAGUACACCCAGGCCCUGGCUGCUCUCUCGGCCAAGUUCAGCCCCGAGGAGAGGCAGGCCUGGAGCACGUCUGGAACUCUCAAGAAGAAUGCUUUCAAUGCCGAGAAGUCCUAUGAAGCUCUUCUCAGCCAUGUCAUCACUGAGCUGUCCAAGGUGAAGACUGUGUAUGACGUGAACACCGACGAGCCAUCCAUGCUGAGCUCCAGUGUGUGGUCCCCACAGUCCAUAGAGUACAGCCUCCAGCAGUUCUGUCUGCCUUACCUCCGCCUCUCCUGUCUCCUGCAGCACCACCUUUAUGGGGACAACCUGUCAGGCUGCCCGGAGGAAGAAGAGUUCUCAGGCCUGGCUGGCUGUUUAGGGCUCCUUGACCCAGCCCCUCAACCAUCUAACCCCAUGUACAGUGCCUCAUGUCUGGACUGGACGGUCAGUGCUUUCGACCUGAUGUCUCAAUGGUGCUCUGAGGUCACAGGGCUCGCCGACACUCAGGCUGAGAAAUCAAUGACUUUGCUUGUCCAGGAUCUGCAGUGGGCCUCCCCUCACCUCCUCCACUUACCAGACAACUACAACACCAUCUUCCAGUACUACCACAAGAAGGCCUGCACUGCCUGCAAAAAAGUGCCAAAGGACCCGGCGCUUUGCCUCGUCUGUGGCACCUUCGUCUGCCUCAAAGGGCUGUGCUGCAAGCAGCACGGGAUCUGCGAAUGCGUUUGGCACUCUCAACACUGUGGCGCCGCCACAGGCAUCUUCCUAUUGAUCAACGCCUCGGUCAUCAUCAUCAUCCGAGGGCACCGCUUCUGCCUGUGGGGCUCCGUUUACCUGGAUGCCCAUGGAGAGGAGGACCGCGAUCUCCGCCGUGGAAAGCCCCUGUUUCUAUGUGUGGAGAGGUAUAGAGUGCUGGAGCAACAGUGGGUCUCGCACACCUUCGAUCACAUCAACAAGCGCUGGGGGCCUCACUACAACGGACUGUAAGGUCACCUGAACCCACACCCUGAUGGGAAAGAAUCUCUUUGGUUUAUGUGUCUGCCUCUGUAAAACAUAUGGGAAUCUUAUCAUGUGAUAUAAACAAACAUGCAGUGAGGGUGUUACUGCCACAGCCUUGGUUUAUGUGAAGUUUUGUGUACAAUCAUGCCUAAAGACUAACAGUGUGUGUUUUUUUUAUUUAAGUGAUUUACUGUGUGGAUUUUAACUGGGAGAAAGCACAACUUUGCCCAGUAACAGAUUGGUUCUGAAGUGGUUUAGAAGACAGAAAUAUUUUUUUGGGGGGGCUCAGUCAGGUGAGUAUUUGUACACUGAUUGGCUAACAGUAUGAGCUCGAGAGAUAUACAUAUAGACAAAUUUGCCCGUGGUAAUGUUAAUGAUAAGCAUAUUGUCACAAUGUAUGGGUUGGUGCAUAUCCCUCAUUUUUCAGACUUUGUACUGCUGGCAUGGGUUUAAAGCUCUUGAUAAGUAUAGCGAUGUUAUUGCAAAUUGUGUUCUCUGUGUUUUUGUUGGGACAUUAUGGUAGAUGACAAGUCCACUCAGAGUUUAUUGCCGUCAAGCACAGGCUCUUCUUUUUUACAGUGUAGUUGCAAUUCAUCCUCAGGUAUAUUUUUUUUUGUUGCUGUAGUUUAGAAUACAACAUUUUAAAUAUUUAAAUAAAUGCUGGUGCUCAUUGUUCAAAUAAGUAAUUUUACUUUUUGUAAAGAUUUUUUAUUUUCUAAAGAAAUAAAUGCUUUACGUUUAUGGUAGAUGACUGGCAAACAUGGUUGCCAUCGCUAUUGGUCUUUGCAGUCCUGCCUUUACUUAGGCUCCAGCCAGGUCCCUGAGGAAACUCAAUGACCACUCACCCUUCUGGCCACAGUAGAGUACACAUAAGACUGGUGUGGAGUAUCUGUCUACUGUAAUUGGCAUGCUCUUUUUCCAAAACUUCAAUUGCUGAGAAUCAUUUCAAGUGCAUUGGGAUUUUGCUAGAGUUUAAAUAUUUGAAUUUGGGGACUCAAUGCAUAAGUUAUACUACUGAUAUGGCAUUCUGUAAGGGAAUGGUUGUAGUUUCAUCUUUUUAUGCUGAUGAAGACUUUUGCAGUUUUAGAUAGUACAGUUGAAUCAUUUUUUGUGAGUACAUGCGCAAUACUGGUUUGGCCUUCCACAUUUCCUUUGAGUUGCUCUGUGAAGUUAUAGUAAAUGUAUUGGAAGAUGUAUAUGGGCGCAUAAUGCAAAACGCUAUCUUUGAUUACCUAAAGGAACUAGUUGAAGAUGGCUUUCGGUCUCUUCAAAUUGUUAUCUUUGAAACUCCAUAAGAUGUCAUUUAGUUGGUUUUGAGAAGUGUAAUAGUGUUAACCUUAACAUAACAAAUGGAUGUCAUUCACCUAAUCCACACUUGUGGUACAAUAUAUUUUUUAUACUGUUAAAUAACCAAUCUGUUUAUUUGCUUUUGGUUGCCAAAGGUUAUAAUUAAAGUAGCUAUAUUUACAGUGCCUUCGGAAAGUAUUCAGACCCCUUGACUUUUUCCACAUUUUCAGUUACAGGCUUAUUCUGAAAUUGUUUUUUGACCAAUUUACACACACUACCCCAUAAUGAUAAAGCAAAAAUAUAUAUAUUUUUUUAAACAACAAAAAAACUAUCACAUUUACAUAAGUAUUCAGACCCUUUACUCAGUACUUUGUUGAAGCACCUUUGGCAGCCAUUACAGCAUCGAGUCUUCUUGGGUAUGAUGCUACAAGCUUGGCUCACCUGUAUUUGUGGAGUUUCUCCCAUUCUUCUCUGCAGAUCCUCUCCAGCUCUGUCAGGUUGGAUGGGGAGUGUUGCUGCACAGCUUUUUUCAGGUCUCUCCAGAGAUGUUCGAUCGGUUUCAAGUCCGGGCUCUGGCUGGGCCACUCAAGGACAUGUGUGCUUAGUCGUUGUCCUGUUUGAAUGUGAACCUUUACCCCAGGUCUUGAGCUAUCUGGAGCUUGUUUUCAAGGAUCUCUGUUCUUUGCUCUGUUCAUCUUUGCCUCAAUCCUGACUAGUCUCCCAGUCCCUGAUAAACCUCCCCACAGGAUGAUGCUGCCACCACUAUGCUUCACCGUGAUGGUGCCAGGUUUUCUCCAGACGUGAUGCUUGGCAUUCAGGCCAAAGAGUUCAAUCUUGGUUUCAUCAGACCAGAAAAUCUUGUUUCUCAUGGUCUGAGUCUAGGUGCGUUUUGACAAACUCCAAGCGGGCUGUCGAGCCUUCAGUUUGGCUAGGCGGCCAGCUCUAGGAAGUCUUGGUGGUUCCAAACUUCCAUUUAAGAAUGAUGGAUGCCACUGUGUUCUUGGGGACCUGCAGAAAUUUUUUGGUACCCUUCCCCAAAUCUGUGCCUCGACACAAUCCUGUCUCUGAGCUCUACAGACAAUUCCUUUGACCUCAUGGCUUGGUUUUUGCUCUGACAUGUACUGUCAACUGUGGGACCUUUUCUAGACAGGUGUGUGCCUUUCCAAAUCAUGUCCAAUCAAUUGAAUUUACCACAGAUGGACUCAUAUCAAGUAGUAGCAACAUCAAGGAUGAUCAAUGGAAACAGGAUGCACCUGAGCUCAAUUUCAAGUCACAUAGCAAAGGGUCUGAAUACUUAUGUAAGUAAAUAAGGGAUUUCUGUUUUUUUUUUGUUUUUAAUACAUUUGCAAACAUUUUUAAACCAGUUUUUGCUUGGUCAAUAUGGGUUAUUGUGUGUAGAUUGCUGAGGUUUUAUUUUUUUUUAAUCCAUUUUAGAAUACGGCUGUAACCUAAAAUUGUGGAACAAGUCAAGGGGUCUGAAUACUUUCCGAAGGCACUGUAUAAGGAAGACAUUCCCCUAUGCCUAAAUUUCUCCAAGUUUAAAUUAAGAUAUUUCCUUGGGUCAUGGAUGCAUUCCAACAUAAGACAUCAGACUUCAAUACCCAUAAUAUACCAUGGUCAUGAGAUUGUUUUAAUCACAGUUUUUGAGUUUGGUGUCUGAAAUGCUUAGUUUCAAUUACCAUGUCUCCAACUGGAAGAGUAGAUCAUUCUCAAGUUGUGCCUGAAAGAGUAAUAUUGCCAUUGUUUUGUGAAAAAUCCCUGGGUAAUUUAUUCUGGUGAAAAGAUUUGGUGAAUUGCUGGUCCACAUCGUGCUCAAAGGAGGUACACUUUUAAGGGGGAAAAAACGCGCAUGCUGCUUAUGUGUACUGUUUCCCUUUCUUUUUGCAGUCCCCACUUUGUACAUGACUGCAACAGAAAAUCCAAUGAGUGAGUGUACAUGCUAAUUGAAAGCUUUUUGUGUGUUCACCUGUAUGAAUGAAAAUAAGAAAACACAGUACAUUACUGUAGGUGCUGAUUCAUACUUUCUGAGUUGGAUCAGAAAGUGUGACUUAGACAUUUAUUGCAAAAUGUAACAUAUGUGAAUAAAAUAUAAACUGACUCGUUUA